AUGCCCUCCAGGAUACAUAUACGUGCUGGUGACUCAAUAGCAGCGCUUGCUGAAGCAACCUGCCGCCACCUCCAAUCCGUUGGGGCAGGUGGGUGCCAGCUCAGGGAGCUGACAGACAUACAGGAGUCUUUGCACGCCUUGGUCGAGGGCUUUAACAACAUAAGCCUGGGAGAACAGACCCUGAAACAAUUGCAAUUCGGUUGGGACCUCUUCCUUACGUACAGAGCUUUCGAAGAAGCCCGUCUUCAUUUCAUCACUGCGUUGGCACGGUUCCCAACCAGCAGAUAUCUGCUUCGAGAAUUGGCUGCUGCUUCGACGCUGGCCUUUGUACUACCUCGCUCUGGUGAUGCGAAUGUGUUGCACUGGGGCGCGAAUGGCACGUGGGCACAUGUGACGCCUCCAAAAGUUUCAGCCUUGGCUGAGGCUUUCGAUGGUUGGGAGACAUAUUCCACGGUUCGGUUUCAACAGCCGCUUAUGUUCUUAAGUGAGGAGGAGCCCGAGCUGCUGAGGGCCCACAUGCCCCCACACGGCUUCUUUCCAUGUGGAGAAAUUCGUACAACUGACAGCAAUGUUGGCAUUUUGGGUCUUGUUUACGAGCAUCGGUUGCAACAUGAUAUGGAGCUGAUACAGGUGCUUCGGGACUUGAAGCUGAUACAGGCAUCCACAGCUGAAGGGGCAAUCGCAGCUUAUAGUCGCGUCCUCGGUUCGGCAGAACACGUUGACGGAGGUUUUCUGCGACCGACGCAUGAGCACUGGCACAGCUUGUAUCCCUUUCAUAAUCGACGGCUGUACGUGCAUCCAAGUCCACGCCUUUCGCUUCCAGCAUUGAAUCCAUAUGCAGAGCUUGAUAUCCAGCUGCUGCGCAGUCAAGCUCCAACUCCAGCUUCGAGCCGAGCUGGUGGAUUCUUGGCCACCGGCGGUGUCUUGGUGAUCGACCACCUCCUAUCAGGGGACGCCUUGAUGCACUUGCGAGAUUUUGCCGAGCUUUCAACUAUCUGGUAUCAAGAGCGGCCACACUACCUCGGCGCCGGGUUUAGCACAGGCUUCUCAUCACCGCUCCUUGCACAGAUCGCUGAAGAGCUGCAAGGCUUGCUGGCAGACGUUUUAUGCGAUUUACCGUUGGCUAAUGUGUGGGCCUUCAAAUAUGAAGACGGGUCUGACAUGGGAAUUGAUUUGCAUGCAGAUGCUGCUGCGGUGAAUGUAAAUUUAUGGAUCACGCCAAAUACGGUGAAUCUCGACAACGCCACUGGUGGACUCGUAAUCUUUGAUGCGUCUGUUGACGAGCGGAGCUCAUCUUUUGAGUUGUUCAACCAGGUCGGCUUCGACACUUCCAGAGAGUCCGCCUUGUCGGAACUGAUUAGUCGGUCAGGCUCUGCAAACGUUACAGUGCCUUAUCGACAAAACAGGGCUGUGAUUUUCGAUUCUGCCCGGAUACACACCACACAAAGACUGGACUUCAAGAAAUCAGGAGUGCGGUCGCGGCGCAUCAACAUCACUUUUCUGUUCGGCGCGAAGGGGACCUACUGCCCUCUGCGACGUGCAGCAACGGUUGUGCUGGAUGAGUGA